AUGUUAGCAUCAAUAGUCCGCUAUGCAGACGACACAGCAGGUCUAGAGAAGACGUUGCGAUUAUUCCAAGGAUUUUGCACCAUCGCCGUAGGAUUGGUUGAGUCAGCACCGCAAGAAGCGGCAUACUGGAUUAGAUUGAGGUCACAAUUGGCAUUGGGGCGAAGAUAUUUCCGCCUGCUAAAGUGGCAGCCCUGCUGGAGCAACGCCAUCACGACUCUUGGCUCGGAUAAGGCGCCGCUGUACAAAACGCUUGAUGUAGCCAAAUGGUCCAUGCUGGGGAUGUAUUUCUUCCUCGAAAUGUUCACCAUCGGCAAUGCUAUCGGCGCAACUUCUUUCGACUGGGCACCGAUGGUACAACGAGAAGCAAACAAGUCCUGGUUCUACGCUUUGUUGUUCUCAAUCCUGGUAUCACUGUAUGAGCUGUUAAUUCUACAGAUCCCGAAGCCGAUCAAGUCCGAGAAGCAGGCCUCGGCGGAAGGAAAUGGCUCGACUAGCAAGGGCGAAGUCAAGGAGAAGUCCACAGCACCUUCAUCGGUAUCAUCGCUCAGUGAUCGCGAACGAAACAGGAUCUGGGCCCAGCUUGCGAUAGAUUGCAACGACCUGAUCAUUCCAGGCUCCGCAGUCGGCUGGAUCUCAGCAGGUCCGAUAUUCGUGGGCACAUGCAGCACAAUCAGCACAGUGCUAGCAGGCCGACAGAUCUGGAACCGCGUACAAGAACGAGCUCAGCAGCCAUAA